CUCCCACACAUUCUCAAACUUUAGGUUCCAAAAACUUCAAAGAAAGUUUCUUUUUUGUCAAUUAAAUUAAGAACAAAAAAAAAGAGCAGCGAGAGAGAAGUAAAUGGGAUUCGGCUUAGAGAGCAUCAAAUCACUCUCCGGCGGAUGGGGCGCAGCGGCUCGUUCCUGUGACGCUUGCAAAUCAGCUUCGGCCGCCGUGUUCUGCCGAGUCGACUCAGCUUUCUUAUGCAUCCCUUGCGACACAAGUAUCCACACCUUCACGCAGCGUCACGAGCGCGUGUACCUCUGCGAAGUCUGCGAACAAGCUCCCGCCUCCGUCACCUGCAAAGCCGACGCCGCGUCCCUCUGCGUCGCCUGCGACUCCGACAUCCACUCUGCUAAUCCCCUCGCCAGCCGCCACGAACGAGUCCCCGUCGAACCCUUCUUCGACUCGGCCGCCGCGAAAAUCUCGCCUUCGACGUUCGGAGUCCUCGGCUCGUCCACCACCGUCGACUUAACCGCCGUGCCGGUGGUGGGAAGCGCCGAUGAGCUCGGUCUGUGCCCGUGGCUGCUCCCUAACGACUUCAACGAACCGGCUAAAAUCGAAACCGGAACUGAGAUGAAGUCUUCUGAGUUCAUGUUCUCCGACUUUGACCGACUCAUUGACUUCGAGUACCCAAACACUUUCGGAGCAGACAGCCUCGUACCGGUUCAGACAAAAACAGAGCCUCUUCCUUUGACUAACAACGAACACUGCUUCGACAUAGACUUCUGCAGAUCAAAGCUCUCCACUUUCACCUACCCAACUCAAUCAAUCAGCCACAGUGUUUCGACUUCGUCUCUCGAGUACGGCGUCGUUCCCGACGGGACCACCUCGGUUCCGUUUAACCGGAGCACGAUCACUACUUCGACGGCGACUACCGGGGAUCAACCGAGCUCCAUGGACAGGGAGGCUAGGGUUUUGAGGUACAGGGAGAAGAGAAAGAACAGGAAGUUCGAGAAGACGAUACGUUACGCUUCGAGGAAAGCUUACGCUGAGUCACGGCCAAGGAUCAAAGGCCGUUUCGCGAAACGAACGGAGGCUGAAAACGACGACGUUUUCUUCAGUCAAGUUUACGCUUCAGCUGGACAUUACGGUGUCGUACCAACGUUCUGAUUUACCUGAAAGAGAUCCCUGCUUCCACCGUAGACGAGCAAUUUAUCCUUUCUUACAGCUUCGUCCGUUUACUUUUUCUUUUUACCGCUUCUCUCACUGUUUAUGUAUACUUAUUUUAGCAAAGUGAAAAUCAUAUAAUUUGGUAAUUACAAUUUUAUAUAUUGGCUGA